UUAGAGAAACAUAUGUUAACUUGUAGAUAUUUUGUCGUAAAUAUAGCAUUUCUUGCGCAUAUAUAGAAAGUUUUUUUGUAUUUAUUAAUUCAGCGUAUUUAAUCAAAAAGGGUGUAAACAAACGAUAUUGAAUGGAAUGCUGACGUGGUAAAAGUUUUAGAUUUGCAGCAGACGACAGUUUCGUCGGACCGGAAAUACAAUCAGACGGCGUUCUAAGACCAGUAUAGGAUUUAAAGAAAAUUCUGAAAUAAUCACAGAUGUCUUCUGAUAAUGAAAAGAAAACGGCGUGGAAUUACGAGACGACGAUAUUUUCUAUUGUUAGUGUUUUUGUACCAGUUAUGCGCCCUUAAAUUCAUGAGCGAUCAGUUUUGGGAAGCACGGCAAGCAAGUUUUAUUGAUAACCCUGGGACAACUCCAGUCGAGGAUAUCAUUGUGACAGUCGAGAGGAGAAACAAAGAACGGCGUGAACUGAUAUGGGACGUCUGCCAGAAAAUGGGAUACAAAAACUAUACGGAUGAAAUAAAUAUACGGGCACAUAUGACCCCUAAUCACUCCCUCCUGUAUUGCCGUAUAAAUAAAUGUGCGUCCACCUUCACUCUAGAGGUUAUACGGAGACUUUUUGACUGCGACACCAAAUGUCUUAUCAAAUCUUCGAUUUAUAUUAAAAAUGAAACAAAGGCUGCUUUCGAAAAGAUGACCAAUGCAUUCUCGUUUAUUUUUGUAAGGGAACCAUACCGGCGCUUGUUCUCCACCUAUGCUAACCAGCUUUAUCUGCCGAAAGAAGACUGGCUACAUAAAGGGACUAAGAUUGUAAAGCAAUGCCGGAAAAACCCAUCCGAGAGAAGUUUAAAGUACGGACAUGAUGUUAGUUUUGCGGAGUUCAUAAGAUGUACGCUUGAACGAUAUGAAAGUGGGGAAAGACUGGAUGAAUUUGUACGGCCUAUGAGUCACCGGUCGUGUAGUCCAUGUCAUUUUAAUUUUGACUUCAUAGGAAAACUGGAGACAUUUCAGCAGGACUGGAAUUAUAUUGUUGAAGAACUGAAUUUGAAAAACGUCACGAACGUUAAUCCUCAUGACGUCAUUUCCGAAGUACAAAAAUGGUCUAUAUUAGGACCAAUCAAAAACGUUAUCCAUGCAGUGAAUGUGUUCAGAAAAUCGGGUAUUUCCUUAUAUAAUAUGUACCUACGUGCAUGGACAUACUAUCAGAUAAUAGGGUUCAUCUCAAAGCAAAUACCGAUGCCUUAUUCAAGGUCAGAUGUCAAUGACAUUUCAACAGCAGACAUUUUCAAAACCAUCCACAAUGCUAUAGAAUUAUCGGAGUCAGAUAGGGGAGUAAGCUCACAGAAUGACGAGGCAAUGAUACAAGCCUACUCGACUAUAUCCCUGAUCGACUUAGCUAGAGUUAGGAAAUUAGUUGAACAAGAUUGUUUACUAUUCGGAUAUGACGAUAAACCGGACAUUUUGUUUAAUAGGAGAAACAAAGAACAAAAAACAAAGAAGUUUAACUACUUUACAGGAAUGGAUAUUCAAUACUAAAAAGUAUCAAGUAAUUUUAUGCCAUAUUGAGUGUUUGCGAGAGUUUGUGAGAA